GGCAGGAGAGAAGGAGACACGGGAGAACAGCACAGGACCACGGGGGGAGAGGAAGAGAAUAAUACCAGGAGAUUGGAGGAAAGAGAAAGAGAGAAGGAGGAGGAACCAAGGUCAGCCCAGCGUCAGGUCAAUGCGAGGCGAGGUCAUAUAUGAAGGCGAGGACAGGAUAAGGUCACACUGCCGAGAGAACACGAACCAUGAAGUCCUUUGGUGUUUUCCUCCUGUUGGUGGGGUGCUGUCUCGCUGCCUCCUCCGUCAGUAGAGAUGGCAUGCACGGGGUCUCCUCACACGCACAGCCGCAGUCACAGCCCCUCUCGUCCAGUUAUGAGGGCCCUCCGCCGCCUUACGACACACAGCCUGCCUUGUAUGAACAGCCACCGCAGACACAGCAUUCACAGUUCUCCUAUCACAGCUUUCAACCCAACUAUGUAGAGCCAGCGUGGCACACUCAGGAGACGGGGCUGUUUGGGUCGUGGGUGGAGAAGGGUCUGUCAGUGCUGGGUGAUCUCCUGCCAGUCGCUGUGUCUGUCUUCGCUGUUCUCGCCAUCUUUACCUUCCUCGGCCUCAUCAAAGUGCCCUACAUCACCUCUAUAAGCGAGGCCAGGGAGCAUCUGGGACGUGCCCUGGCCAACGUAGACGUGGAUCACCUGGCCAACACUGUCACCAUGGCCAUUGACAAGUACCGCGAGAUGUUUGGUGACACGGACUACUAGAGAGAGAGAGAGAGAGAGA